GAUCCGUAGAAGGGGAAAGAGAAGGGGCCGAGUGCCGUGGCAUAGGGAGAAACCAGGAACAGCGAGGGGCGGAGCAUGGCAGAGAGGGGCGGGGCCGAGAGGCCCGGCAGAGAGGGGGUGUGGCCGGCUCUUCCGCGCCGUGGCCCCGCCUCUCCCUCCCUCUCCUCCUGCCCCUCGUCUGGAGAGCGCCAGGCAGCAAUCCAAGGGGGAGCCUGGCAGCAGUGCAGGCAAGCUCCUCUCGGGAUCUGGCCGACGUGGAGAGGGAGGACCCAGAUCCGCACUACUCUCGAUCGCUGUGCCCAGCCGUCCCUUCUCGCCAUGUCCCACAGCAGGCAUCGCGCCGAGGCCCCGCCGCUGGAGCGGGAGGACAGCGGGACCUUCAGUUUGGGCAAGAUGAUAACAGCCAAGCCUGGGAAAACACCGAUUCAGGUAUUACACGAAUACGGCAUGAAGACCAAGAACAUACCAGUUUACGAAUGUGAAAGAUCCGAUGUGCAAAUACACGUGCCCACUUUCACCUUCAGAGUAACCGUUGGUGAUAUAACUUGCACAGGUGAAGGCACAAGUAAGAAGCUGGCGAAGCACAGAGCCGCAGAGGCCGCCAUAAACAUUUUAAAAGCCAAUGCAAGUAUUUGCUUUGCAGUUCCUGACCCUUCACUGCCUGAUCCAGCCAAACAGCCAAAGAACCAGCUGAAUCCAAUCGGCUCAUUACAGGAAUUGGCUAUUCACCACGGCUGGCGACUUCCCGAAUACACCCUUUCCCAGGAAGGAGGACCUGCUCACAAGAGGGAAUAUACCACAAUUUGCAGGCUAGAGUCAUACAUGGAAACUGGAAAGGGUGCAUCAAAAAAACAAGCCAAGAGAAAUGCUGCUGAGAAAUUUCUCGCCAAAUUUAGUAAUAUUUCUCCAGAGAACCACAUUUCUCUAACAAAUGUGGUCGAACAUUCCCUAGGAUGUACUUGGCACUCAUUGAGGAAUUCCCCCGGUGAAAAGAUCAACUUACUGAAAAGAAGCCUGCUCAGUCUCCCAAACACAGACUACAUCCAGCUGCUAAGUGAGAUUGCCAAGGAGCAGGGUUUUAACAUAACAUAUUUGGAUAUAGAGGAACUGAGUGCUAAUGGACAGUAUCAGUGUCUCGCGGAACUGUCCACUAGUCCUAUCACCGUGUGUCAUGGUUCGGGCAUCUCCUGUAGCAAUGCACAGAGUGACGCUGCUCAUAAUGCUCUGCAGUAUUUAAAGAUAAUAGCAGAAAGAAAGUAGGCUCGGGGCAGCUUAGGAAAUCUUUCCGCAGCGCAUAAGUUCCCCUCGCACCUCUUCCCCAGGAAAACGUUGACUGUUAUGUACGUCUGCGCGUCCUUUGCAGAUCUCUUCAGAUUCCGUCAACUUCCCAGAUUUAAUUGUCUCCUGGUAGUUGUUCUUAAGCUCUUUUUAAUGGCUUUAACUUUGUAUUGGUCUAUUGUAUUUAUAAACUUUGUACCACACGGCCGAGUGCAGCACCCGUUUUGCAGGAUCAGGCACGUAGGAUGAGCCUGCAUGUUUCACUGACAGCGGAGAGAUGAAAGUACUGAUAAACGCUGGUGCUGAAGCUCUCUUCUGCGCAAGGCUUUGUGACGUGAACUCUGCUUUAGACUAGAGUGUGGAGGAUUGUGUUGAAUGUCACUGCUAAAUUUCAGGGAACGUGAUUGGUCUGCUGUGUAUUUGAAACCAUGGAAUAAAGAGCUGUUCUUAUAA